AUGAAGGAGCAAGGCCUGCCAAUGGAUGCCUUCUGCUACAGCGUGGUCAGCAGUGCCUGCGACAAGGCAAGUCGCUGGCCGCAAGCACUGGAGGUCUUCCGAGAGGGCCUGGAGGCCGUGGCCCCCAGCAACGCCAACAUCUCCACUGCCGUCAGCGCCUGCGGCCGGGCCUCGGACUGGCCCUCGGCCCUGGCGCUGCUGAACGAGUUGCCUCUCUUUGAGCUGGCUGCCGAUGCCGGGGUCUGCAACGCCUGCAUGAGCGCCUGCAGCAGGGGCUCGGCCUGGCCCUGGGCGUUGCUCCUCUUCGAGCAGAUGAAGCUCGAGGGCCCGCGGCCCACGAAUGUGACCUUCGGUGCAGCCAGCAGCGCUUGCGAGAAGGGCUUGCAGUGGCUGGCCGCCGUCGACAUCCUCUCGACGCUUCUUUGCAAAGACAGGCGCGCGGAUACCACCACGGCUUUGAUCUGCUUCAACACGGCCCUCAGCGCCUGCGAGAAGUCCCUGCAAUGGCCCAUGGCCCUGGGAUUGUUUCAGGAGCUCCGUCGCGAGCAGCUGAAGCCCAACACCAUUACCUUCAAUGCCACCCUGGCUGCGGGCAGCAGGGGGCAGCUGUGGCCCACCUGCCUGGAGCUCAUGGGGCAGAUGCGCCGUGGGCAGGUGGAGGUCACCACCGUCACCUACAACCGGACCAUCAGCUCCUGUCAGCAUCCAGGAGCCUGGACUACGGCCCUGCAACUCUUGGAGGAGGCGCAGAGGUCGGAGCUCCAGCUGAAUCUCAUGACCUACACAUCCACCAUCAGCGCUUUGGCCAGCUCCGGGCAGUGGCAGAGGUCUCUCUCCUUGCUUUUCGGACUGCGAGACUGCCAGCUCACACCGGACGUCGUCAGCUACAACGCGGCCAUGGACGCCUGUAAAACCUCCCUGGAGGGGCACUGUGACAGCUGGCCCUGGGCGCUUCUCCUGUUCGACCUGCUGGGCCAGGAGGAGGGAGUGUGCCCAAACGCCGUGAGCGUGAACAGCGCGGCCGACGCCUGCGGCCGCGGCAGCUUCUGGGAAGGGGCCGUGGCGCUGCUGGCAGAGGCCUCGGCCCCGACGGCAAUCACCUACCUCACCGUCCUCAGCGCCUGCGAGCGGGCCGCCGCCUGGCAGGCGGCGGUGGCUGUGCUCGAGGACAUGGGCCAGCAUGGCCAGAGGUGGGACACGGAGGUCUACACGCAGGGCAGCCUUGCUCUGGCCGCGGCGGGACGUGUGGCGGAGGCGCUCGCGCUUUAUCGCGAGAUCCUGGAUGCAGGAUCUUUCCCCCUCUGGCGCGAGCAUGAGGCGCACACCAUCGACCUGCAUCGCCUUCCCUCGCAGCUGGCGCGCCUGGCCGUGACGGCCAGCAUGCUGGAUGGCCUCGACCGGAUGUUGCCCGACGACGACCUGGUCAUCAUCACGGGAAGGCUCAAGCGCAAGGGCCGUGGUUGCGGAUCCCUGGGCUGCCAUUGCCUGUAUUUGACCUACAAGUUCUUCUUGCGCCCUGGCAAAGACCUUCGGCAGUAUGGUGAGUGGGCUGUGGUCACUGGCGCCACAGAUGGCAUUGGAAAAGCUUACGCCAUGGAGCUGGCACGUCAGGGGCUGAAUGUGCUGCUGAUCGCCAGGAAUGCGGAGAAACUCGCUGAGACUGCCAAUGAGCUCAACGCUAAGUACUCUUCAGUGGCCGUGGAUCAACUCCUGGUGGAUUUCUGUAACUUUGAUGCGGCGGCACAGCAGAUGGUGAAAGAGAAGUUGGCUCCCUUGGAUGUAGGGAUUCUCAUCAACAACGUCGGCUUAUCCUAUCCCUACACCAAGUACUUUCAUGAGCUGACGGGUCAGGAGGUGAGAGAUAUCAUGGAGGUGAACAUGGCAUCAAUGACGUGGAUGAGUCGCAUCGUGCUGGGAGACGAACAUGGCGCCCUUGGCAUGAUCGCGCGCCAGCGCGGCGCCAUCGUCAACACCAGCAGCGGCGCUGGCCGGGCCACGUCGCCGCUGCUGGCGGAGUACUCGGCGGCCAAGGCCUACGUGGAGAGGUUUUCCAUGGGCUUGGGGGCCGAGUUGGCUUCCAAGGGCGUGCACGUCCAAGCCCAGACGCCGCUCUACGUCGCCACCAAGAUGGCCAAGAUCAGAAGGGCUUCCUGGACAGUGCCCAGCCCGCAGAGCUACGCGCAAUGCGCGGCCCGUCAGAUAGGCUACGACGCAGUGAUCUCACCGUGGUGGGCGCACUCCUUGCAGCUCUGGCUGCUGUCAUUGCUCCCGGAAUGGUUUUCAGUGAAGCUCCUGGAUCGGCUGCACCAGGACAUCAGAAAGAGGGGAAUGAGGAAGGACAGGGACAGAGCAGAAGAAAGCUUAGGGCUGCUUCCUUAG